AUGCCAUGGAGCCAGAAGCGACGAGUGUCUCAUGGCCUGCUAAGAAGCGACCAAGUUGAGGAGGCCCUCAAUGUCGCCAUCACAACCUAUGAGUCUGCUGAGCUUGCCAUCUUUCAUCUUAUGGAAAAAUAUGAGAUUGAUUGGCAGACGUUGAAGAAGCUUGCAAACGCCAAAGGUCUUGAUACCAGCUUCUCUCACGUAACCUGGGAACAAAUUUCCCCCUUUGUCGGGAUUGAUCCCUUCUUCGGGCUUGCAAGGCUCCCCAAGUUUGAACUCAAGCGAGCUCGAAUCCCCACGGUAUUUUUCAAGUCGAUAGUCCAAGAGGUCGAUCGUAACAAUUCCGUAUAUGGGCCUCUACGGACUCAUUUAAACGAAGAGGCUCGUUCCCGCUUCAUAGCCCCGGUUUUUAUCGGAGUGGCGGAUCUAUUCUGCUCUUCGAUCACUGGUGUUCCCGAAACAGCCCUUGGGGGCCGUGUUGCAACCAAGGGCAGGGUUGAACAUCACUUUGUCGCUGUCGGCGGGCUAACGCUGCUGGUUGUCGUGACUAUGUAUAAGCUGGGUACUCCAAUGGGACGACGGAAUGCCAUCGCGCAAAUGGUUGCAGAGGCCGAUGCUCGUGAUUAUCGAAACCUCACUCUAUCAUAUAAUGGCCCCGUAUACUACGUUCUAUUUGACGGGGAGUCUUUUACAUAUUUCAAGUACGAUCACAGCGAGAAACGCAAAUUCUUCCGAGGCAAACUAGGCGAGGUGGAGGUGUUCAGGUUAGCAGACUCAGAAACGGACCCAAGACAGUUCAUCCAAGACCUGCGUUCCGUGUGUGAAAUCACCUUUUCUCUACUGCUGCAGGCGCACGGCCAGGCUCUCCAAUCUCUAGCCGAAAGAGACCCCGACGAGGAAGAAGGGUGGAAAAGUGGAGCUAAAGCCGUUGAAGAGGUUCUCCAGGAAUGUCUCAAUGCAGCUUUCUUCGAUAAAGUUGUAGCUGAUCAGCUGGCGGGGACGGCACUCACAACGCUCUCCGAUACGUAG